AUGAGCAUGGAUGCAUUGGGGAGUCAGAUGAUGGACCCAUCAUCAUUCGCCAAACGAAACCCAGCGCUGAGAUUAGUAGAUCUGGCAGGAGCUCACAACCAUCAUCAUCACCAUCCCCCUCAGAAUAUGACAGGUUUCCCGGGGCUCAGCGGUCAUCCCCACUCAAUGGCACACACGCACCCUGGGGAGAAUACUGGAGAACCCCGUCUGGGGCCGAGUCCUUUCGGGCCUGAACACAUGGGGCACCCUGCAGCCGCCGCUGCACUUAAACUCAGCCCAACCCAUCCCCACCACCAUCACCUCCAUCAUCAUCACCAUCAUAUGGCAGGCCACGCUGAAGUUGUCUCCAAUCCCACGGCAGCGUUUGGCCCAGCGCAGGCGGCAACAGCAGUCAGGUACUCGGUUUCGCAUUCCCACGCCAGCUACACUGCCCAGACUAUCUCGGCAGGUAGAGAUUUCCUCAUCCGCAGGGAUUUGACAUCCUCAGUAAUGCCAGGGCUCACUGAUCAAUAUCCCGGCACAAGUUCUCACCACGGAAUGUUUGUAUCAACAACAGGUAGUUACCCUGGACACCAUGGUCACCCCGAGACUGGGAACCACUCUCUAUUCCCUGGACUGCAUGACCAGCCUCCCCUUGCAGUCCCAGCUGGACACCAUCUGAACGGACAGUUAAGACUGGGGCUACCUGGAGAUAUGUACGCCAGGUCUGAGCACUACAGUCAAGUGGCAAGUUCCAGGAGUGAUCCUUUUGCCUCUUCCCCUCUACAUGGCUACGGUGGCAUGAAUAUUAACAUGAACAUAACUGGCCACCACGGUCCAGGUGCUUUUUUUCGCUAUAUGAGGCAACCCAUCAAGCAGGAACUGAUCUGCAAGUGGACUGAACCGGACCCUGUCACUAAAAAGCCAUGCUCAAAAACUUUUAGUACGAUGCACGAACUGGUUACUCACGUAACAGUGGAACACGUUGGGGGACCAGAACAGUCGAAUCAUAUCUGUUUCUGGGAAGAGUGUCCACGAGAGGGAAAGCCUUUCAAAGCCAAAUAUAAACUUGUAAAUCACAUCAGAGUCCACACUGGCGAGAAACCAUUCCCCUGUCCAUUCCCUGGCUGUGGCAAAGUCUUUGCCAGAUCAGAAAAUCUCAAGAUCCACAAAAGAACUCACACAGGAGAAAAGCCCUUUAAGUGUGAGUUUGAAGGCUGUGACAGACGUUUUGCUAACAGCAGCGACAGGAAAAAGCACUCGCAUGUGCACACAAGUGACAAGCCCUAUAACUGCAAAGUAAGAGGCUGUGAUAAAUCGUACACGCACCCGAGUUCCCUUCGCAAGCACAUGAAGGUCCACUGCAAAUCUCCACCCCCCAGUUCGGGCUACGAAUCCUCCACCCCUUCGCUGGUCUCUCCUUCUUCGGACUUAGGUCGGGACCCCCCGGCUUCAGCUUCCCAGCUUGACCCCAUCACGUCUUCCCACGCAGCUAACCUGAGCGAAUGGUAUGUGUGUCAAAGCACAGGAGCAAGCGGUAUUCCAACACCUCCGAGCAAUUCAUCAUCACCGGGACCAGGGGAGCACUCUUAUAGAAACUCUGACCCCAGAACUAUUCUCUAA